GGUCUUAAUCUGUCCGAAACCGAAGCCCCGGUCCACCAGCGACGGGCGAGGGAGGCGAGGAGAGAUGUGAGGAAGGGAGAGAUGAUCAGGCUUGCCCGACGGCUAGGAUCCCAUCGUCGUCUUCGAGAAGCAAGGAGGAUCUCCUGACGUUGUGGCAGCGGAAAAGGGUCACCGGUGCAAGGGGGAGCCUUUCAGCCAGUCGGAAAAGGGUGGCCAACGAUGAUGUGACUGGCCGACAGUGGGGAGCCUUUCUGCGGAAGGAUUUAGCAACACCGUGUCAAACGGUGUUGCUGGUCUUCCCAUUCAAACCCUUGUGAUGGUACAAUUGUGACCCAUGACAGGCCUCACAUUCAACGGGUCUCUUUUGAACUGAUAAGUGAUAAGCAGAAUUCUUUGAACAACUUAAAUGGGGGAAUUGUGACGGAUGUCCACCGACGCAUAACUUUUGGCGAAAUGGCAUUUGACCAAAAUAAGCUGCCCAACGUCCACGACAAGGUUGGUAGGUGUGAUUCACCAUCCUCUUCAAUAAUCAUCAAAUGGCCGCCACUUUCUCCGUCAAUGUCUAACCCAGCAUCAAGUGGAAAUCCUCCUAUUGUAACGCUGAGCUCGAUGGCGUAUGGGAUAAUAUCCCUUCAAAUCUUCCUUCUGUUUGUGGGAAUGCUACACUGCAUAAAGUCCAGUUCCGGGCUGCCUCCAGGUGGAGGCGAUUCAAGCAUCUUGUGUUUUGAGAAGGAGAGGCAAGCACUUCUCAAGAUUAAGGCAGGUAUCGUAGAUGAAUAUGGCUACCUCUCUUCUUGGGCAACCCAAGAAGAAGACAUGGACUGCUGCAAAUGGGGCAGGAUCAAAUGCAACAACAGAACUGGCCAUGUUGUUAGGCUGGAUCUACACUCAGCAUUUGGUAUGCCUAUGACGGGUGAGUUAAACACUUCAAUGCUUGAACUGCAACACUUGGACUACCUGGAUCUCAGUUCCAGUGCUUUUAGGAUAGCUCCCUCACCAAACUUGCUUGGUUCUUUCUCUAAGCUAAGGUACCUCAAUCUUUCUAAAGUUGGUCUAAAUGGGAAUUUUCCUUAUGAAAUUGGAAACCUCUCCGGCUUGGUUUCUCUUGAUCUCAGCAGGAAUAACUUUGUCAGAGUUGAAACCCUUGGAUGGCUUUCUCGUCUUCCUUCUCUGAGUUACCUUGACAUAAGUGUAGUUAAUCUCAGCAAGGCUGCAAAUUGGCUGCAAGAAAUCAGUAUGCUGCCUUCUCUCACAUACUUGAGUCUAUACUUUUGUAGCUUACAUGAUCCUACUCCUCCAAUUCCCUCUCUCUCCAAUUUGUCUAGAUCUCUUCAGACCAUUGAUCUCAGCGCAAAUUUUCUUACUCCUUUUACUUUCUCUUGGUUGCCCAAUAUGAGCACCAACGCUGUUGAUCUUAAGUUGAUGUACUGCUUCAUGAAUGGCCCCAUCCCUGAUGUUUUUUGGAACAUGACCUCUCUUGCACAUCUCGAUCUUUCUUACAAUAAAUUUAAAGGCGGGAUACCAAAAACUUUUGGGAACCUCUGUAGCUUAAAAACAUUGGAUUUGUCAAAAAACAGUCUCAAUCAGUCACUUAGCGAUUCAAUAGAUAACUUGUACACACAAUGCUCAGCAGAUCCACUUGAGGUUCUGAGUUUGAAAGCUAACAGAUUCAUUGGAACAUUGCCUGAUUUUACAAGAUUUUCAUCUUUAAGAGAACUUUAUCUCGAUAUGAACAAACUAAAUGGGUCCAUACCAGAAAGUUUUGGACAACUUUCUAGUCUUCAGCUUCUGAAUAUUCAAGAUAACCAACUGAGUGGAUCAUUGCCAUACUUCCCAGAGUCUUUGGUAGAACUAUUUCUUAGCAAUAAUCAACUUGAUGGUUCUUUAUUCAAGAGCAUAAAUAAGCUUCCUUACCUCAUAGCUUUGUACGUCUCUUCCAAUAAACUUGCAGAUGUUAUCACCCAAGCCCAAUUGAUGAAUUUUUCCUAUUUGGAAGACCUUGUCUUGUCUCACAACUCUUUUUCUUUUAACAUAAGCUCCAGAUGGGUUCCUCCUUUCCAGUUACAAAUAGUUGGAUUGAGCUCAUGCCAAUUGGGGGGCCAGUUUCCUGCUUGGCUUCAAGGGCAAAAGAGUAUCAGCCACCUUGAUAUCUCCAACAAUGGAAUUUCUGGUACCAUACCCAGUUGGCUAUCUCAACUAACUCCCACCUUAAUGUACUUAAAUCUCUCUUACAAUCAGGUCAGCGGUACCUUUGGAGCCUUUGUAAGUGAUGAACCCUUUGUUGUUGUUGAUCUAAGUUUUAACCAUUUUGAGGGCCUGUUGCCAUUGUUUUCUGCUACACCCAUCCUGUUGGAUCUCUCCCACAACAUGUUUUCUGGAUCCAUUUCGUCAAUAUGCAGCAUGACAACUGUGGCAUUGAAUCAUCUAGAUUUGUCAAAUAAUAUGUUGUCCGGAAGCAUACCAGACUGCUGGGAACGAUCAGUCCCAUUAUAUGUUCUGCGUUUAGCAAACAAUAACUUCACUGGAGAAAUCCCUGCCUCAAUCGGUUCCUUACUUUUGCUUUAUACUUUGCAUCUUCAGAACAACAGUCUCACUGGGGGAUUACCCAUGUCCAUAAAGAACUGCACAAGUUUAACAAUUAUGGACGUUGGGGGGAACAGAUUAUCAGGAGAAGUGCCGGCAUGGAUAGGGGACGAUAGCUUAUUGAAUCUGAUCGUGCUUAAUCUUCGGUCAAAUGCAUUCUCUGGAAGCAUACCUUCCCAGCUUUGCUAUCGUCAAACUAUUCGAAUACUGGACCUUUCACAGAAUAACAUCUCAGGAACCAUUCCAUCAUGCAUUAGCAAUUUUAGUGUCAUGGCUCAGGAAGAUAGUUCUGGUACCCCCAUUAUCUAUAAAUAUCUUCGUGGCUAUGUUGAAAAUAGGCGUGAUAUUGGCUACUACCUAGACAAUGUAUCAGUUACAUGGAAAGGAAGAGGCCAUGAUUUUGGCAAGAAUCUUGGGCUCCUGAAGGUCAUUGAUCUUUCAAGCAAUAGCCUCUCUGGGGUCAUCCCUGACCAAGUCACAAGUCUUUUAGGUUUGGUUGGCUUGAACUUGUCUAGAAAUCACUUGACUGGGACCAUUCCCCCAACAGUUGGCAGGUUGUCACAGUUACAAUCUCUUGAUCUCUCCAGAAACCAUCUUUCAGGUGAAAUACCGGCAGCCAUGGGGAGUCUGAGUUUUCUUCAAUACUUGGACUUGUCCAAUAAUGAUUUUUCAGGGAGAGUUCCAUCUGGCACCCAGCUCCAGAGCUUUAAUGCUUCUGCAUACAGUGGAAACCCCAAACUCUGUGGACCUCCACUUGUGAAGAAGUGUCGAGAAGAUGCAGUGGUAAAAGGUUCACCAAGCAGAGACAAGGACACUGAUGAAGAAAGUGGGAAUUGGAAUGGCAUCCCAGUGUUCUAUAUUACUGGAGUGAUUGGUUUUGCUGUUGGCUUUUGGGGAGUGUUCUUCACCCUAGCGUUAAAAAGGUCUUGGAGGGCUGCCUAUUUUCGAUUUUUUAAGUUGUGAAAGUGAGAAGCUUUACAUAACUACUGAUUUUGGCAUCUAUGAGUUUGCCUUGUAGUGUAUGUGCUAUUCGUCUUAUCCCCAAUAUUUCUAUUAUUUAAGGAACUUGAAAGGAGGGUUCUUUAAGCAUGGUUGGCGAGGUAAUGUGCUAAUUGGAACUUGCCUGACCCGGGAAGAUAUUGUAAAGAAGAAACAGGCUAAUAAACAUGGGCGUUUUUGGCUUUGCAGGCCUCAGUGAAUGAGCUUGCAAUUAUGUCAUGAGAACCACCUCCUCCAGAUUGUGUUAUACUAAGAGAUGGGAAGUUUGUAUUGUUGUGCUGAGCAAUGUUUUGGUGUGUUAAUGAUGUGAUAAUGGUAUUGACAAAAGUAAUGUUUGACAACUAGUCUUGUAUUGUGUUUACUAAUGUUAGAAGUAUGUAAUAGAUAUUUGUUUAAUAUUUUGAUGUUGUGCUGUUACAUAUAUGCAAAAUGAUUAAAAAAAGACAAUAGCAUAUUAGAUAAGCAAUUUUUAC